AAGGCGGCGGUGGCGGCGGCGACAGAAGAGGGGAGGACGGGGGCGGCGUCGGACUGGAGCCGAGCGGCGGCGCGAGCUGCCCGGGGCGCUGUCGUGAGCUCGCCCGCCGGGCCCCCACCCCAGAGCUACACCCUGCCGUGCCCAGCUCUGCCCGCGUCCGUGCCCCCGCGGGGAGCGCGCCGGGGCUGCCCCCCGAAUGACGGGCGGAAGGUUCGACUUCGACGAUGGCGGCACCUACUGCGGCGGCUGGGAGGAGGGCAAGGCGCACGGGCAUGGCAUCUGCACGGGGCCCAAGGGCCAGGGCGAGUACUCCGGCUCCUGGUCGCACGGCUUCGAGGUGGUCGGAGGCUACACCUGGCCCAGCGGCAACACCUACCAGGGCUACUGGGCGCAGGGCAAGCGGCACGGGCUGGGGGUGGAGACGAAGGGCAAGUGGAUGUACCGGGGGGAGUGGUCACAUGGUUUCAAGGGGCGCUACGGGGUCCGGCAGAGCCUGUGCACCCCCGCUCGCUACGAGGGUACCUGGAGUAACGGGCUGCAGGACGGGUACGGCGUGGAGACCUACGGGGACGGAGGUACCUACCAGGGCCAGUGGGCCGGCGGCAUGCGGCACGGCUAUGGCGUGCGCCAGAGCGUGCCCUAUGGCAUGGCCACGGUGAUCCGCUCGCCGCUGCGCACCUCCCUGGCCUCGCUGCGCAGCGAGCAGAGCAACGGCAGCGUGCUCCACGACGCCGCCGCCGCCGCCGACAGCCCGGCCGGCACCCGCGGCGGCUUCGUGCUCAACUUCCACGCCGACGCCGAGCUCGCGGGCAAGAAGAAGGGCGGCCUCUUCCGACGCGGCUCCCUUCUUGGAAGCAUGAAACUUCGCAAGUCCGAAUCCAAGUCUUCCAUCUCGAGCAAGCGCAGCUCCGUGCGCAGCGACGCGGCGAUGAGCAGAAUUAGCUCGAGCGAUGCCAACUCCACGAUCAGCUUCGGCGACGUGGAUUGCGAUUUUUGCCCCGUGGAAGACCACGUCGAUGCCACCACCACGGAAACCUACAUGGGCGAGUGGAAGAACGACAAGCGCACUGGCUUCGGCAUCAGCGAGCGCUCCAACGGCAUGAAGUACGAAGGCGAGUGGGCAAAUAACAAGAGGCAUGGAUAUGGCUGCACCGUGUUUCCUGACGGCUCCAAAGAAGAGGGAAAAUACAAAAAUAAUAUUCUGGUCCGUGGAAUAAGGAAGCAGCUUAUUCCUAUCAGAAAUACAAAAACUAGGGAGAAGGUGGACAGAGCAAUUGAAGGUGCGCAAAGGGCAGCCGCCAUGGCGAGAACCAAAGUGGAAAUAGCGAAUUCAAGGACUGCGCAUGCGAGAGCAAAAGCUGACGCCGCUGACCAGGCUGCGCUGGCCGCCCGCCAGGAGUCUGACAUCGCGAGAGCUGUGGCUAGGGAGCUGUCGCCCGACUUCUACCAACCAGGCCCAGAUUAUAUCAAACAGAGAUUUCAGGAAGGUGUAGAUGCUAAAGAAAAUCCAGAAGAAAAGGUACCAGAAAAGCCGCCUACACCAAAGGAAUCUCCACAUUUUUACCGCAAAGGCACGACCCCCCCAGCGUCUCCUGAGGCGAGUCCCAGACAAAGCCGUUCUCCCCAGCCCGCCUCCCCAAAGCCCUCGAGGAAGCAGAACCCCAGCUCAGGGACAAGACUCAACCAAGACAAAAGGAGUGUGGCCGAUGAGCAGGUGACGGCCGUCGUCAAUAAGCCCUUGAUGUCAAAGGCUCCCAUGAAGGAGGUGGGCACAGUGGUGCCCCAGUCCAAGUACUCUGGCCGCCACCAUGUCCCCAACCCCAGUAACGGGGAGCUACACUCUCAGUACCACGGCUACUACGUGAAACUGCACCCCCCCCAGCACCCUCCUGUAGAUGGGGAGGAAGGUGGAGAAUUGAGCCAGUCUUCCUCAGCGCUGGUGCACAAGCCAUCGCCCAACAAGUGGAGUCCCCCUAAAUCUGUGACAAAACCAGUUGCCAAAGAAAGCAAAGCUGAGCCAAAAGCUAAGAAGUCUGAACUUGCUAUACCAAAGAAUCCAGCAAGCAACGAUUCAUGCCCUUCUUUGGAAAAAGAAGCCAAUUCAGGCCCUAACUCAGUCAUGAUUGUCCUCGUCAUGCUGUUGAAUAUCGGGUUGGCCAUCCUUUUUGUUCACUUUCUAACUUGAUUGGAAUUAGGAAAGCAGCCCCAACUGGCGAAGUUCUUGGCGUUGGCUACUCCAUCUGUCCUAGCAGAGUGUGACUAAACUGGAAAUGUAUGGAGCUGCAUUUUUUUUUUUUUUUCUGAUGGAAGUCAACAGCUGCCUUACUAUUUUACCAUCUGACGUUUUCAGUAGGGAGCUGGGGAAACAACGACUGCCCGAGGAAUGCGGUCGGAGGAUUGUGUUGCUGCAGCCGUGGUUCCAACAUUCACUCCUAUCUCGUUAGAAGAAAUAGGUGGCAGCAUCACUCACCAGUCUUAUGCCAUGACCUGCUGCUUUAACGGCUCCUGGAAUGUUCCGGGAGAGAACGUUUCGUUUGCUUGUGCACGACUAUGUUCAUUUUUGCUGUUUAUUUCAAUAUGGUGUAUGGUCAUCUACAACGUGCGGUCCUGGCGGGGUGAAACACAUGUGUUGCAUCUCAAGGAAAAGAAAUGACAAAAUUCUAGAAAAGAUGUGUUUAUUUUGAUAGCAAUACAUCAUUUUUCAUGUCAUUGAGUCUUCCUAAACCUGUCAAAGGCUAUUUAUCCUUAAAAUUUUGCAACUUAAAGGCAUCAGACCUUCCUAAGAAAUCAUUUUAAACAUUUUUAACAUUACUGAGAUGAAUUAGUUAUGCACUUGGGAGGUGCUAAAUUUUAAAAGCUGAAAGACAACAGAAUUCUCAGAAGUAGAAUCGAAAUGUUGCAUGGGCUGCAGUAAUCGGUGUUUAAAGGAUUCAGUUUCAUUGCUGACGUACUUUACAACCAAAUAAAAUCUUGUCAGUGGCUAUGUUAAUUCCCAUGAAAGUUAAGCAAGAUGCUAUUAAUAACUGCUCUUCUCUCUUCUUUUUUUUUUCCAACUUCAAUUUUUGUUGAAUGCAUUCAGGUAGAGCCUCAAGCUUCGUUCGAUCUCUGCUUCUCAGUUUUAUGCCUCGUGUUCUCCAAAGUCCUUUUGUAAUUUUAUUUCACGUUUUAAAGGCUUAGACAUUUUUAUUUAAAUAUUUGUCUUUUGCAGUCCUUUCUCAUUCAGACAUAAUCUGAUUUUUUUUUUGCCGUUUUAUAAUUUAUCCUUUAUUAGAAGCAUGCUUACUUAGAGAAACUACAUAGUCUUUAUAAAAAUAAUUAUUUAAAAAGAAAUCAGGGGAGGAAAGGUGUCUGUUAAAUCUCUAUAAAACAUUACGUUGCGGAGAGGGAACUAGCUAUUCCUAAAUAUUUUCACGAUCUGCAUGGUUGCAUCAGGUUAUUUUUACCUUAUUUGCUACCUUUUCAAUGCAGAAGAGACAAUUCACGUGUUAGCACAGGUGUGGACUGAAUGCCUUGUCACCUGCAGGGUAGUAACCCACUGGUGUUUUUUGCAGAAGUACAAUAUCUUGAGCAUCCUGGGUGUGACCAAUGUGGAAUAAAGAAGAAAGCAGAAAGAGAGCAAAUGAAAAUUACAACUUGUAUAUUUAUUUAUUUUUUACAUUUUGCUUUGACUUUGAAAUUUAGGAAGUACGUUUUUACCCAAGAAACAUUUAAGUUCCUAUGUCACAGUCCCCAUGCCCUCCCUGCUCCUUCCUAACCCCAUAGCUCUUUAUUCUGGGAAAGGUGAUUUUUUAAAAAAAUAAAAUAAAAUAUUUAAUCUUAUUAAGUGUUUAUUUAAAAUACGUAAUGCUUUGGAAAUAAUGGGUAAUAGAUAACUAAAGGAUAUGUUUAUAAAGUGAGCAUGUUGGUUCCAUUUAUAAAUAUAUGUAUGAUUUAUAAGCUUUUUUAAAAACAAAGCUCAAAUUGUUGGUAUUUUUCUAAAAUGUGCACAGCUGUAUUUUACAUGAAAGGCUCUUUCUAAUGGGUUGUUAUACUGUACUCUACAUUUUGGACAGCACAUGAAGUCUGCCAAUGUACUUAAGAAAACAUGACUUUGUUUAUUUAAAGUUUCUUGCUGUGAAAAAGGAACUCCGUACCUGUGAGUUCCUUUAUUUAUAAUCCUUGAAACCAAAAUGUAUAAUGUACAGUUUUCACAACUGGAUCUGCUCUAAUAAAAAAAAGUUGGUUAUUAAUAAA